CUCGUCAACGCUAGUAUACCUUUGCAAGAGUAUCUCCUAUUGGUUUAUCGUAUUGCUAACUACGUGGCAGAAAACUAAGCUACUCGAAAAUGGAAAUAGCUGCCCUUCUUGCCUUGACUUUGUUAGUAGGAGCACUAAUUAUUUUAGUCGCCUUUGCAGUCGGGAGACAGAAAGGGGAAAUAACUGCAGAAACAGAACAGACUACAGACACAGUCGCUGAAGAGAGCAUAACAAAGGCCCCGGGCUCCAAGAAACAGAAGCAAGAAAAGCAGCGGAGCCGUAAGGAUAAAGUUCAACAACACACUUUCAGCCACCCUCUGUUGGCAGCCUCUUUGAAGAACCACAGUGGGAAUAUAACAUGCCUUGACUUCAGCAGCAAUGGGAAGUACCUUGCCUCCUGCUCUGACGAUCGUACAGUUAGGAUCUGGAGCACCAAAGACUUCCUGGACCGUGAACACAAAUGUCUGAGAGCCAAUGUUGAGCUGGACCAUGCCACGCUGGUCCGCUUCAGCCCUGACUCAAGGGCUUUUAUUACAUGGCUGGCCAAUGGAGAUACUAUUCGAGUCUUCAAAAUGAUCAAGAAGGAGGACGGGUCUUUCAUUUUCAAAGCUGCUUCUGAAGACUUUCCACAAAAACAUAAAGCUAGCAUCCUCAACAUUGGCAUUGCGGAGACAGGCAAGUUCAUCAUGAGUGCCUCCACUGACACCAGUAUACACAUCUGGGACCUGAAAGGGGAGAUAUUGGCCUCUAUCAACACUAACCAGAUGACCAAUUCUUAUGCUGCCAUCUCCCCAUGUGGCAGAUUUGUCGCUUCCUGUGGCUUUACUCCUGAUGUGAAAAUUUGGGAGGUGUGCUUUGGGAAAAGUGGCGAGUUCAAAGAGGUGGCACGAGCCUUUGACCUCAAGGGCCAUUCAGCAGGCGUUCAUUCCUUUGCCUUUUCAAAUGACUCUUACAGAAUGGUGACAGUGUCCAAAGAUGGGACAUGGAAGCUGUGGAACACUAAUAUAGAGUACAAAAAGCAGCAGGAUCCUUACCUUUUGAAGACUGUGCGUUGUCAGUCCUCUGACGGUAGCCGCGUGGCAUUGUCGCCUGAUGGCCGAGUGGUAGCCAUUAGCUGUGGCUGUAGCGUGACCAUGUAUGAUGCCACAAGCGGCCAGCUAGAGGAGGAGUUCCACAAUAUCCACCGUGAGGUGAUCACUGACCUGAGAUUUGACAUCAAUGGUCGCUUCUUGGUUUGCAGCGGUGACAGGGUCAUUCGCGUUUUUCAUAACGCUCCAGGUUACAGGGCCACAAUUAGAGAUAUGCAGGACAUGCUGAAGAAGGCCCAGAACGAAGGCAUGAAACAGAGACUACAGCAGCAGAUAAAAGAGGCACAGAGCACUCUGGACACUGUGUUUGCAACCCAUGUGAACUAAAGGAAGAGUGACAGUACGAGCAGACCAUCCCAGCACUCACCCUCUAAAUUUGUCUGUUUUCUCCCUCAUUCUGGUGCACUCUUACUUUAAUCCAAAUAUCCAUCAAUUUUAAUGAUCCACUUCACUUAAAUGACUCUUGUAAUUCUUGGAAUAAAGCUUUUCACAUGCAGU